GCGUCGACAAGGGCAGCCGCCUGCGCGUCCGCGGCGAGGGCAGCGCGGGCCUGCGCGGCGGCCCGCCGGGCGACCUGUACGUCUUCAUCGCCGUGAAGGACAGCCCCGACAUGCGGCGCGACGGCGUGGACAUCCACAGCGACGCGGAGGUGUCCUACGUGGACGCGAUCCUCGGCACCCAGGUCAAGAUCACCACAGUGGACGGCCCCGUGGAGCUCAAGAUCCCUUCGGGCACGCAGCCGGGCACGACGCUGCUGAUGGCGAAGCGCGGGGUGCCGCGGCUGGGGCAGCCGGGGUCGCGGGGCAACCACCAGGUGCACGUGCGGGUGACGAUCCCCAAGUCGCUCGGGGGCGACGAGCGGAAGCUGGUGGAGCAGCUGAAGGAGCUGCAGGCCAAGGCCAAGGUCGGGCCCUUCCGCUUCUGA